GUUAUGGGCCAUGGUUAUGUGGUUAUCAGAAACAAAGUGACGUCACCAAAGUGACGUCAUGCAACUCCAAAGCUCGUGGGAGGUGAAAGCAUAGCUCUCUGUUCUCGUUGCCAAAUUGCAGUAUUGCAGUUGGACGGAUACUGAACUUGCUUGUCCUUGUUGAGCAAGAACACUUCACGGGAUACCUGAUGUUUAUUUGUAUGUAACAGAGGCAAAACUGAAGUGUACUUCGUUUACUUUAAAAUAUGCGGGAUGUUUUGUACAUGAACUGAACAAGCUUGAAUUAAGUUGGUUGUUGGAGACAGACACCGUCUUGAACGCACAUGUCGGCUUCGGCGGGUGACAGAGCAACGAGCAGCCGAAGGCGCAAGAGACCUCAUCCACCUAUUCAUGAUGGUAUACUAAACUCCUUUAGCGACAAGGACAGCGAUUUUGUGUGUCCGAUUUGUUUUGAUACAAUUGAAGAGGCUCAUAUGACUAAGUGUGGCCACAGCUUUUGUUACAAGUGUAUUUGUCGAAGCCUCCAAGAAAGCAACAAAUGUCCAAAAUGUAACUUUGUUAUCGACAAGCAAGAUCAGAUUUUUCCCAAUUUCCUUUUAAAUGAUCUUAUAUUGAAAAGAAAACAGCAAAGAGUUGGAAGGAACAUGCAAAUUAAUCAACCUUUAAGUGAAUUUAAUUUUUCGGAACUUCAAGAAAUUGUAUGCGGCGAUUCGAAUCUUAAAGUGUCAGAUAUCAAUUCGCUAUUGGAAAUAUUGUCAGUGAGAAAAUACCAACUAGAAGCGGACAGCACUGCCACACAAAAUGAGAUACUGAAAGAUUUUUUGAAACAAGUCAAAAGACAUAAACAAGAGCAACUAGAUCAACUUACGCAAGAAGUGAAACUUAUUGACGACGAUUUAAGAAGAGUCGAGGAUAUCAUAGCCGUCCACCAAAGUCAUCACGUUUCGAUAUUGGAUCAGUAUCACGCUGUACCAACCACUCCAACGGUGAAAUCAUUUCCCACCAAUCUAGAAGAAGAUGCAGCAAGAAUAGACUGGGUAUCGCACUCCGCUAUUUCUGUGAAGCCAGAGCCGCCAUAUUGGAAAGUCCCACUUGAUAUGAAAAACAGUUGUGCUUCCGAUAUGAAUAACUCCGUGCAACCUAAUGAGUUACCACAGGAUGGCUUCAAUGGUAGUCAACAUGGUGCUAAACACCUUUGGUCGAGUGCAACUCUAGCUGCAAGGCGGAAAAGAGUUCAUCAGCAUUUCGACGAUCUCGAAAAGUGUUAUUUUGCCAUUCGACAAGGUGAAAUUCCGGGAGGCUCUGACGUCACGGAUGGACUGGAAUUUUUUACGGAAAGUUUGUCGAAGUUUACACGUUUCAGUGGAUUUCGUCCCCUGGCAACACUAAGCUACGCCAGUGAAGUUCAUAAUGGCUCGAGCAUCGUUUCCAGCAUCGAGUUUGAUCGCGACAACGAUUAUUUUGCGAUCGCUGGAGUGACGAAGAAAAUCAAGGUAUUCGAAUACGGAGUUGUCAUUCGCGAUGUCGUUGACGUACAUUAUCCUGUUAUUGAAAUGGUCUGUAAUUCAAAGAUCAGCGGAACAUGCUGGAGCACUUAUCACAAAGGUUUACUAGCAAGCAGUGACUACGAGGGUACCGUCACGUUAUGGGAUGCUUUUACAGGAGCCAAAAAUCGCUCGUUUCAGGAACAUGAAAAGAGAUGUUGGAGUGUCGACUUCAAUCACGUCGAUCCCAAGCUGCUUGCGUCGGGUUCCGACGAUGCGAAAGUGAAAUUAUGGUCUACCGGCACCGAACAUUCUGUUUCGUGUAUAGAGGCGAAGGCCAACGUGUGUUGCGUCAAAUUCAAUCCUGAAAGUCGCUAUCACCUGGCUUUCGGCUCGGCAGAUCAUUGUGUUCAUUACUAUGACCUCCGAAACAGCAAUAAACCACUGACAGUUUUUAAAGGUCAUCGCAAGGCUGUGUCUUAUGCUAAAUUUGUCAGUGCCGAAGAAAUCGUCUCUGCUUCAACUGACAGUCAGCUGAAACUAUGGAAUAUAAAUAAACCACACUGUUUACGAACAUUUAAAGGACAUUCAAAUGAGAAAAAUUUUGUUGGUCUUUCAACAAAUGGUGACUAUAUUGCCUGUGGCAGUGAAAAUAACUCGCUUUACUUGUACUACAAAGGUCUUUCGAAACAGUUGUUAACGUUCAAGUUUGACACCGUGCGAAGCGUCUUGGAAAGAGAAAAAAAAGACGAAGAGGCCAAUGAAUUUGUUAGCGCCGUAUCGUGGAGAACUGGAUCAAAUGUCGUCGUGGCUGCAAAUAGUCAGGGAACUAUCAAGGUCUUGGAGCUUGUUUAGUCAGAACAGUUGGUGUUGUUUGAAGGUAAAGGUUCAAAAAUGGACUGCGUUGUCGACGAAGUCUUGCAGAAUGUACAAUUUUCUGAACUUAGUUCAUAUGUAUGUAAGAAUAUUAACUUAUUUUCAAAAUAACUUCAUUCGUGUUCUUUGUCUGUAAUGUGCGUUCCGUCCGAUACAUUCGCUGUAGAUGACGUCACAGAAAAUAAUCAUCCCUGCUAAGGUUUGUACAUAUUAAACUGAGAGUCAUAAAGAAAUACUCACUACAAAGAAAGAGUUUUAUCCGGUAUCAUUAGGACAAAGUGAAUAAAAACAUUACAAAUUAAUUGUAUAUUUAAUAUGUAAAGGAUCCUUCUCUUGCUAUAAUUAUAGCUUUGCAUCGGAUAAA